AUGCGACACAAGGAGCACGGCAUUGACGACGAGAAUGCAUGCGGCCUGAAAGAGCGUACGAAGGAUAGGACUCACAAAGCAAGAAACAAGAUUCACGCGCACGCCUCCAGAGAAAACGAAGAUGGACGUACAUAUGAGGAUCAUGAGAAUAAGGUGACCUCAGGCACCGCAAAUAAGGAGGGGCUGGGGCGGCGGCACUGUUCGGCUUCGCCCGUCGACCUUGCCGAUUACGGCCUUAGUCGGUCACGUGAAGAUAUGGGGCUGAGAAAUUACCCCUCCCGCACGUCUUCCAUACUCUUCAACACCCACGGCGCCCACCCUCAGGUCAUCGUACACGUCUCUAUGAGGAGAACUGUUCGUUGCCGCUCACCAGCACAAGUCUCGAUAUUGUUCGCGUCAUCAAGGUCUCCCGGCUGCCUGCCUCGACGGCCCGUGCGUAAUCAGUCCCCAAUUCUAUUUGCGGCUACGCGACUUCACGGAUUGGACAGCUUCGGACCCCAUUUCACGUAG